AUGGUCCAAGCCGACAAGCUGCCCUCAUGGGCCACACUCCAACACCACCAUGACACUGUGGGUCGAUCAUUCGUCCUUAAGGAUGAAUUCAAGAGGGACUCCUCCCGCUUCGAGAAGUUUUCCUUCAAAUUUGAUAAUACGUCCGAUAAAUCCGAGAUCCUCUUCGACUUCUCCAAGAAUCUCAUCACUGAGGAGACGGUCAAGAUAUUGGUGCAGGUCGCUAGAGAAGCAAACCUAGAGGAGCUCCGCGAUCGCAUGUUUAAAGGCGAGAAGAUCAAUUCCACCGAGGAUAGAGCCGUUUUGCAUGUGGCACUGCGGAAUGUCGGCAACGAGCCUAUUAAGGUGGAUGGAGAGGAUGUUAUGCCGGGCGUCAACAAGGAGCUGCAGCAUAUGAAGGAGUUCAGUGAUGCCAUCCGAAGUGGGGAGUGGAAGGGCUAUACCGGAAAGCCAUUGACCACUAUUAUCAAUAUCGGUAUUGGCGGUAGUGAUCUUGGCCCCGUUAUGGUUACGGAAGCUCUCAAGCAUUAUGGAGAUCGCAAGCAGACCCUCCACUUCGUCUCCAAUAUCGACGGCACCCAUAUCGCGGAAGCUCUUCGUGACUCUGACCCAGAGACAACCCUCUUCUUGAUUGCCUCCAAGACUUUCACCACUGCAGAGACUACGACAAAUGCUCACUCUGCAAAGGAUUGGUUCCUGGAGAAGACUGGCGGCAAGGGCGACAUUGCCAAGCACUUUGUUGCUCUUUCUACUAACGAAGCCGAAGUCACAAAGUUCGGUAUUGACGCUAAGAACAUGUUCGGGUUUGAAAGCUGGGUUGGAGGAAGGUACAGUGUUUGGUCAGCUAUUGGGCUUAGUGUGGCAAUCCAUAUCGGAUAUGAGAACUUCCACCAAUUCUUAUCCGGAGCGUAUGCUAUGGACAAGCAUUUCCGGGAAACUCCUCUAGAAAAGAACAUUCCAGUUAUUGGUGGUCUCCUAAGUGUUUGGUACUCUGAUUUCUUCGGAGCCCAGACACAUUUAGUCUCGCCAUUUGAUCAAUAUCUUCACCGCUUCCCCGCCUAUCUCCAACAGCUCUCCAUGGAGUCAAACGGCAAGUCCGUCUCUCGUGACAACCAGAUGGUCAAGUAUACAACCGGCCCGGUCCUGUUCGGCGAGCCAGCAACCAACGCGCAGCACUCCUUCUAUCAACUCCUCCAUCAGGGCACGAAGUUAAUCCCAACGGAUUUCAUUCUUGCCGCUGAAUCACACAACCCAGUUGACAACAACAAACACCAGAAGAUGCUUGCGUCAAAUUACUUCGCCCAGGCCGAAGCCCUCAUGGUCGGGAAGGGUGAGGAGCAACUGAAGGCCGAGAAGACCCCUGACGCCUUGAUUAAACACAAGACCUUCUUGGGCAAUCGCCCGACAACUUCCAUUCUUGCCCAAAAGAUUACACCAGGUACCCUUGGCGCGCUCAUUGUGUACUAUGAGCAUCUUACUUUUACCGAGGGCGCUCUUUGGGACAUCAACUCCUUUGACCAGUGGGGCGUCGAGCUUGGGAAGAGCCUCGCCAAGAAGAUUCUCGCUGAGCUCGAUGAGCCGGGCGUGCCCAAGGAUCAUGAUUCUAGUACUGGUGGGCUGAUUGCCGCAUUUAAGCAGAAGGCAGGUCUCACUGGCGGGAGUAAAAUUUAG